CAGUAAAUAACAUUCCACAUUUGUCACAGGCAUAACUCUUAUAUGGAUAUAUUUAUAGCUAUAUUUUUUUAACUCCCUUUGUAACUUUGCCACGCUGGGCUUGGGAGCCGCCCACUCACUGCUUCCCCGUCAUGUGUCCCUGAUAUCUAAACAGACUCGACACCGGAGCACAAGAAGAAGCUUUUUUUUAAUUAUUUUUCACGCACAAUUUUCACCAGCACCAUGCUCUUUGAGAGAAGAGUCGUGGACGUGCAGUCGGGAUGGUGAACAAUGCAGGGAAUUAAUCUCUAGCAGUGCUUUCACAAGAGAACACACUGGCCAUUGCAUGUGUCAGAUGCUCGGCCUGACUGCAGGGCGUUUCGGAACAAGGUUCCUUGGCAGGCGCGUGAUGGCACUCGUGACCCCGAGUAGCGCCACCAUGGCGAGUCACGGUCAUGGUCAUGCUGAUGUAAGCGAGAUAGCGGACAUGUCCAAGCCCAUGUACUGUGAUCGUAUGGACACCCCGUUACCGGACAGGGCCUACAAGGAUGAGUUGAACGCUGCCGACAAGACUCUCAAGGAAAAGGAGAAAGGGCCCUGGAACCAAUUGACCAAAGAGGAGAAGAUAGCCUUGUACCGCCUGAUGUUCCGUAAGACUUACCCAGAGAUGAAGCAGAAAACAGACGAGUGGAAGACGGUCAUGGGGGGCAUCUUCAUCUUUUUGGGCCUCACCGGGCUGCUGGUGUGGUGGCAGUCCAUCUAUGUGUACCCCGCGCAACCCCGGACCUUUGACAGUGAGUGGCAGGCGAAACAAAUCCAGAGGAUGUUGGACAUGAGGGUGAACCCGGUCGAAGGUUUGGCCUCCAAGUGGGACUAUGAGAAGGGCCAAUGGAAAUAGAAAAUAAAGCAGCACAUUCUCAAUGCGUCUGCACGUGAUAACCGUACAAUAAUAUAGUUUGAUCUCCGUCCAACA